AUGACCAAGACCACGGCCCAAAUCAAGGUACAAAGUAUCCGUACACGCGCAACGCUGGGCCGGGUUACGGACGGGAGCACGAUGCAGGAUUGGAUCCGCCGGUCCUUGACGGCGGCGACGAACAAGAACGACAACAACCGAGCCGCGAACCAUUGUGUAAUAGGCCGACCUUCAUUUGGGAGUGUCUCACGAAGCCCGUUGACUGGCCAGAACAGCUCGGUUCAAAACUUCAGGGCCCCUCCCACCUCGCAACCCAGUACCGCUGCACACCAGAAGCGAUCCCAUUUCAGCCAGUGGUUGUAG